GGGGGCCACGCUGACAAAGAGACAGAGCUCGAUUUGAACAUCAGAGGAAACCGUGGGACUCGGAGCGCACAGGCAGUUUUCCCAGAGUUGAUACCAUGAGGAUCCUACUGUGGAACGCCUUGUCCUUCUGCCUGCUUGCCUACGCCCUCAGUGACUGCCGGAGGGAUUGUUUGAACUGCCACAGACAUUUGUACAGCCACCACCAGGAUGACUUCAGCCUUCUGAUCUGCGUCAUGGAGUGUGAGGGGAAGCUGUUCUCCAGUGCCACCUGGGGACUCUGCAGCAAAGCCACUGAAGGAAAGGCAUCUUCUCCACUAGAUCUUGACAGCCUGGAAGAAGAAGCUAACCGGCCCUUGGAGAUGUGGGACAGCAACCUGCUUGGAAGAAGAGGCAACCUGAAACAUGUUGGUGGCCUGACCAGAAUGGUGGAUCUCAGCAAGGCAGGAGAUGAGAAGCGAGUUUCCAAAGUCAGCUCUCUUCUCCAUCAGCUGGAGGAAGAAGAUGGCGCCAGUGAUGGAAGCCAAGCUCCACUGAGAGACUUACCAGGUCAGCUUGAGAUCUCCAAGGGGGUGAGUGGCUUCCUGGGUGGACCAUUCAGUUAUGGGCAAGUGGCAGAGCCUGGGGUGCAGGAGCUCCAGAAACGAUUUGGAGGCUUCAUUGGCGUCCGGAAGUCAGCCCGCAAGUGGCAUAACCAGAAGAGGUUCAGUGAGUUUCUGAAGCAGUAUCUCGGGAUGUCUCCACGUUCCAUCGAGUACGACGGCUUGUCUGAUGACCCAAAGGAGCAGAACGAGAUCUAGAUGGAUGGACUCCCUCUGGUGUUGUUUUGUUUUUCUUGUACCACCAACUUAUAGUGAAUUGGUUCAGAUCUGCCAUAUCCAAAGAAGCCAACCCUCUUCCUUCUUUCAUGGUAAAUUCUCCCAGCCAGCCAACCCUUGCCAUCAAAGGGGCAGUCUAGGGUCUCUUGGAAAUAAAACUCAAAAUCACCUUAUGUAAGAGUAUUUCACACAUAUCACAGCACAGCCCUAAGCACAAUUACUCAGAAACAAAUUCCUCUGGAUUCAAUUAGACUUAGGACCCAUCUACACAUUGUCCAGAACAAAGUGGUACAUGAAGAUGGUAGAAUUCUGGACUGGACCACUUCAGACAGCAUGUGGGAGUCUUUUCUUUUUUUAAUUAUCCCUAUCUCCAAAUCUCCCUGCAUGUAAUAAACUAACACAUUAGGGAGAGAGCUACUCUUAGCCGUUCCCUCUGGUGAACUAGCUUUCUACAUGCAGAAGAGUUGCUCUUCUUGUUCUGUUUUGUGGGGAACUUUCAGAAAGUGUGACUAACCCUUAGCAGCAGUCUGAAAUGAUCCAGCUCAGAAUCCGUCCCCCUCAUUCUGUGUAAUGCAGGUUGCCAAGUAUUUUGGACUACAAGCGGGCAGUAGGGAGCUGAAGGGAGUUGUAGUCCAAAACAUCUGGAGGGCACCAGAUUGGGGAGAGCCAGUGUAGUGUGUAGAUAAGUUCUUGGCUUCCAUAUAAGCCUGCUUGGGAUAUUUGUAGACGUCUUCAGAUAGCUAAAGAUGACACAAGGCUCUGGUUUCCACUUUGCAGCUUCGAUUUAUUUAGAGCCGGGAUUGAACUGGGACCAAGUCGAGAUCCUGGAUAAGUUUCCAAAUGGGGUUGACAUCUUUGGAAUGGCAGUGCAAUGGUGUUUGUGGAUUUUUGUUACACGUUUCCCAUUUCUCUUUCUCUCUCUCCCCAUGGCAUGCAUUUUGUCAAAGCCGCUGUCUCUGGGCUGUCACUUUCAAAGGUGUAUUUUUGUAAACAGCGGGAAGAGGAGCCAGAGAGACCUCCGUUGCCCCCUUCCUCCCCCCUGCCUGAUGAUGGUUCUCUCAAGACGCAUGACUGAUCAUUAGCGAUGUAGCAGAGUUGGGUACUUACUCCUGUUAACCAUCGAAUGUCUAAAAUCUACAGAAGGGAAAAUGAGAUACAAGCCCUGUCCUUUUUAAUUGUUUCAGACA